AUGUACUAUCUCAACACUCAAGUCCAGUUGCAUGUUGCCAAAAAAUUUAUACAUGCAAAGUCGGUAAAAGAGGCUUGGACAAUUUUUGUGAACUCAAAUCGAGGUGCUGCUAACGUGAGAAAAAUCAGAUUGCAGGAACUUAGGAGACAAUUUGAGUUGGCCCAGAUGAAAUCCACGGAGUCAGUUAAAGAUUUUAUUGGCACAAUUAAAGAAAUUGUCAAUGAUAUGGAGUCCAAUGGUGAGAAUUUGGAAGAGGUUAGAGUUGUUGAAAAAGUUCUAAGAUCUCUAACUACCAAAUUUCACACCAAGAAGACGGUCCUUGAAGCCACAAAGGACCUUGACAAUUUGUCACUUGCUGAAUUGGAAGGUGAAUUGCUGACGUAUGAGAUGUCCCUGAAUCAGCAGCCAUCGGAUACAGUAGAGGAGGUGUUACAAGCCAAGGUAGAUCACCCAAAAGGAAAAGAGGGGGUGAAUCGUAUGGACACAAAUCAAAGGGGCCAGAACUUCAGAGGUAGAGAACGUGGAGGCAGAGGUAACUUUCGUGGUCGUGGAAGAGGUAAUUAUUCUUACCAACCCAGAAAUAAUUUUAAUGGGGAUCAGGAAAAUAGUCAACAACAAAGUCAAAGAAAUAAUUUUCAAAGGCGUGAUAGAUCUAAUGUCCAAUGUUAUAAUUGUGGUAAAAUUGGUCAUUAUCAGAAUGAAUGUUGGUCCAAUGAAGAGGUGUAUGCUAAAGUGGCUGAAAAUAGUAGUGAUAGAGAGGAGAUCUUGUUGUUUUCUAGUUCUACAUCUGAAGAGUCUAUGAAAAAUGAUUAG